UCAAUUAUUUGGUUGACUUAUUUUAUUGACUUUAUUCGUAUCUGACAUGGCUACUGAGCAAGACGAGCAAUUGGUUCAGGAGAUUAUUGGGAAAGACGAGAACUUGAAAAUUUCUGGAUUUGAGGCAAAUAUUGACGAACAUUUGGAGAACAAGACGGAUGGGCCUUUGUCUGAUUCUCUUCGUAUGGAAAUGGAUGACAAUGACAAACAUACUGAAGAGGAUAAAACUGAGGGAUCUUUGGUGGUUGAUGCUCCUCAUGACGAAGACGCCAAAAUUUCCGUAUCCGAGGCAAAUGUUGACGAACAUUCGGAAGAGAAUAAGACGGAUGGGCCUUUGGUUGGUUCUCUUCGUAUGGACAUGGAUGACAAAUAUACUGAAGAGGAUAAAACUGAGGGAUCUUUGGUGGUUGAUGCUCCUCGUUCGGAAAUUUUUGGGAAGGCGACUGACCUCGAAACUAAAGAGGACGAAAACUUGAAAAUUUCUGGAUUUGAGGCAAAUAUUGACGAACAUUUGGACAAGAAGACGGAUGGGCCUUUGGUUGAUUCUCCUCGUAUGGAAAUGGAUGACAAACAUACUGAAGAGAACAAGACUGAGGGACCUUUGGUUGAUUCUCCUCAUUUGGAAACUUUGGGGGAAGUGACGGACCGCUCAAUUAAAGGAAACGAAGACUCAAAAAUUUCUGGCACCGAAGCAAAUAUUGACGAACACUUGGACAAGAAGACGGAUGGUGAGGCGAAAUCCGCGCAGAAGGCAAGAACCAAAUUUUGCUCUCUCCUCUGAUCAUUGCUCAUAAAUAUAAAUGAAUGGCUUCGAUAUUUUGUUUGAUAACUAAGUUAUGAUAAUUUUAUAUUUUUUUAAAAGACCUAAAAUAAAAUAAUUUGUACCUUUUAAAGUUUGAGCAUCCCAUAAAAUCCUGGAAACACGAAUAUUGCAUUUUUUACCAGGGGUAGUACUUUCAUGGCACUAAACGUCCAUUCAUUACUAGAAUAUUUAUUCGAACAACAAAUAAAUGGUAGAAAUAUAGAAGAAUAAACUAUGGGGGUAGAACAAAAAAGAGGGGUAAACCUAUUCUGAUUACAAAGUGG